AUGGGGCAGUUUGCGACUGAUUCUGCAGAACUUGCACAUACGUUUAAUAAAAGAUGGGCAUACACAGCUCAGGCAGAUGAGAAGACAGUCACUGGUACUCCUACAGACGCUAAUGCCAGAGCCUUACUGGUUUGCAAUGGACCUUUAGAACAUUAUGACUUUCUGAUUAAGCAAGAAGAGCUGAGGAAUGAUGAGCAACAAAGAAAAGUUGUGCAGCACUUGCAGAAGUUGCAUGAGAGCCUUAAAGGCUACAGCAUCAGUUCAAAAAAUCUUAUCUCAAAGCUCUUUGCAAAAAACAAACCCCCCAAAGGUCUUUAUGUCUAUGGAGAUGUUGGAACGGGAAAGACAAUGGUGAUGGACAUGUUCUAUUCUCACUUAGAAGUAGAAAGGAAGAAGAGAGUCCAUUUUCAUGGCUUCAUGCUAGACGUACACCAGAGAAUACAUCGCCUUAAGCAGAGCUUGCCAAAAAGAAAGGCAGGUUUUAUGGCCAAAUCAUAUGACCCAAUUGCACCAGUAGCAGAGGAAAUAAGUGAAGAGGCUGCUCUCUUAUGUUUUGAUGAAUUUCAGGUCACUGACAUUGCUGAUGCCAUGAUUCUGAAGCAGCUUUUUGAAAAUCUGUUCCAAAAUGGGGUUGUCGUUGUGGCAACAUCUAACAGGCCGCCAGAAGAUCUCUAUAAAAAUGGUCUUCAGAGAGCUAAUUUUGUACCAUUCAUUGCUGUGCUGAAG